CGUGAGCCUCUUCCCUCUCCUCCUCCUCCUCCUCCUCCUCUUCCUCUUCCUUCGGGGCUGGAGCUGGAGGGAGGCUGGGCAGAGAGGCUGCUCUUAAAAGCCUGGCCCCAAGAGGGCCCUUCAUCUCGGGCGACCAUGGUCUUCCUCCGGCGCUGCUGCUGCUUGGCUCCUGGGCGGAGGCUCUGUCUCCUGGGUCCCCUGCCAAAGCCCAAGCCCCUGGGAGCCCUUGGGAGCCCCGGUGGCCUCCUCCAGGGCCAGCCCUACAGCACUGGGCAACCCACAGGAUUGCAGGAGCGCACGCUGAUAGCCCUGAAGCCGGACGGGGUUCAAAGGAGACUUCUGGGAGAUGUGAUCAAACGCUUUGAGAAGCGUGGCUUCAAGCUAGUGGGCCUCAAGUUACUCCAGGCCAAUGAAGGGAUCUUAUCAGAACACUACCAUGAAUUGCGCAGAAAACCCUUCUAUCAUGAGUUGAUACAGUACAUGACCUCCGGACCUGUAGUAGCUAUGGUUUGGGAAGGUCACAAUGUUGUCAAGACCUCCAGGGCCAUGGUGGGAGAGACCAACCCAGCAGAAGCCAAGCCAGGGACCGUCCGAGGAGACUUUAGCGUUCACGUCAGCAGGUAGGAUGAUGAGUUGGGCCAGAUCAACCACGGACACUUUU